UUCGAAGUCUGCGCGCAUCAUUGGGCUGCCCCCAAUCGCAAGCACACAGCAUUGGAGCAUCGUUGCAUACAGCAACAGCACAACAAGCUUGCAGCAUCAUAACAACAACAAGCAAUAACUCAACAAAAACAAGGCUGCCCAAACCAGCAAAUGUGGCGCGCCCGCCCGCUCAGUGACACGGCGCCGCCCAAGGCCGUGCCCUUAACGCACGGCGAGGCGCGCGGCAGCGUCACCUGGACGAACGCCGUCGACGACGAGGAGAACGAGCGGCGGCCGCCCGAGAAAGCCGCCGCCGACGACUUCUGCGAGCCCUCGAAGACGGUCAAGGUGCCGCCCUCCUCAAAGCUGCCGCGGCCGCCGCCCAAGAACGGCGGCACGAAGAUCCCCGUCGACCGCGACGCCGCCGCGCAGCGCGCGCGCGUCGAGGCGGAGUGCCGCGCGAACGGUGGGGUGGUGUACACGAACGACGACGGGCCCGUCUACGAGCCGCCCGCCGAGACGCGGCCCGACGCCUACGCGACGUUCCUCGGUAGCGAGGCCUACGCCCCCGGCGCCGAGGCGCUGCUGCGGUCGCUGGCCAAGCACACGAAGAAGGCGCGCGUGGCGAUGGUGGCGCGGUCGGUCACGCCAGCGACGCGCCAGCGGCUCAAGGGCGCCGGCGCGACGCGCGUCGUCGAGGUGGAGAACAUAGAGAACCCCCGCGAUGCGAGUGACGUGCGGUCGACGAAGCUACGGGUCUGGGGCCUGGAAGACUACGGGAAGAUUGUGUAUCUGGACGCGGACUGCCUCGUCGUCGGGAGCGCGGACCAGCUCUUCGCGACGUGCCGCGACGUCGCGUUCGCGGCGGCGCCGGCGCUCUACCCGCCGGACACCUUCGACGGCGGCGUCCUGGUCCUGACGCCCUCGUCAAAUACGCUCGAGGCCAUGCUCAAGCUCGCGCCGAAGACGCCCUCAAAUGACGUCGGCGGCUUCCUGAACGAGUUCUUCGACGACUGGUUCGAGAAGGACGUCGCUGGGCAGCGCCUGCCCUUCCGGUACAACUGGCGGCCGCGGCCGGGCGAGCGGGACCUUAAUGCAGUGUGGCCCGACGACGCCGUCGUCGUGCAGUACGCGGGCGACCGGAAGCCGUGGACGAAGACGGAAGGGAGCGCGCCGCGGACGGCGCUCGAGCGCGCGUGGUGGGCCGCGGCCGACGAGGGCCGCGCGCGAGCGCCCCGGGACCACGGCGCGCUGUCUUUGUGCGACGCGCCAUUCGCGGCCUUUGCGCCGCAAGCUCUGGCGUUCCCCGCGCGCCUCCGGCGCCUCUACCUCGACCGGGCCGGGCUCGCGGCGCUGCCCGACGAAAUCUGCGGCCAGUUUUGUAACCUGGUCUGUCUCAGGUACGUCCCUCUUCUUUGUGAAGCGACGUGACCGGUCGCUUUCCGCGCAGGGCCCGCGGGAAUCAGCUGAAAGCGCUCCCAGAGAACAUUAUACAGCUCACGAAGCUCGAGGAGCUCGACGUGCGCGACAACCUCCUCAAGCAAAUCCCGGCGGCGCUCGCGGCGUUACCAUUAAAGGCGCUCCGGCUCUGCGGCAACCCGCUCGCGGGCGCGCCGCGCGGCCUCGCGGACCGCUUCACGGAGCGGUGCCGCGCGGCGGGCCGCGGCCUCCCGGUGCUGGCGGAGACGCUGCUCGCGGGGCCGCGCUGGCGCGUCAUCGCCGCCGGUUCGGAUCAAGCCGCGGCCGCGUGGCUCGACGAAUGUAGAAGGGAGUGCAAGCCCGGCUCCUUUCCAUUGGACGACGGCGUCGCGGCCUGCACGCGGGCAAGUGCGUCGACGCGCGCGACUUCGUCUACCUCGCGCAGGACGAGCGCACGGGCCGCUACGUCUGCGACCCGACGCCGCGGCGCCCGCGGGCCCGCGGCGACCCGUGCCCGGACGACUCAACGGUGAACGCGCGGCGCGAGACCGACGACGACGUGCGGCGCUUCGCCUACAACCACCGCACGAAGUGGGCGUCCGUCGAUAACUUUCAGUUCGACGACCCCGUGAGCGCGCAGUGCGAAGUGUUGGACGACCUGGCGGGACGCGUGAUCCGGCUCGACGCCGCGCUGAGGGAGGAGGGUGCGGCCGUGUGCUUUGUUUAUAGGGAUGGGGUCCGCGGCUGUGUGGAAAUCAACCAGUGAGUUAGGCUAUCCUGCGAAUUAUGGCGUGGGGCGCCCGAAAUUUGAUUCCACACAGGCCCGCGGCGCGUGCGGGUCGUUCGUGAACUGCCCCCUGACGGGGGAUUCGUUGGAUGAGGACGGCGCCCAGGACCUCGUCGCGUGCUGCGAGCUCCUGAAGAAGAGGUACCCGAAGGCGAAGACGCUCGUCGUACACCUCGCGAAUGACCCGCCGGACGCGGCAGUCUCACACCGGUCCCUGUUCUCCGUCGACGUCAAAACCGUCGACGACGGCGACGUGGCGGGGCUGCUGGAGUUCUGCCUGUUCGGGGCGUCCGUCGGCGUUACUGACGAUGACUAUGAGGUACCCGACGACAUUGUCGAAGACGCCUCGCGGGCGCGGAACCUGUCGGAGAAGGCGCGCUUGUUCGACACGGGGAAGGAGUAAGGAGCACGGGUUUGUGUGA